CCUGUGCGGGCUGUGGAGGAACCGGCGAUGAGUGGAGCCGGGCGCACAACUUCUCCCCAGUCCUCCCGUCGCUGCUGCUGAUGCAGCUGCUGGAGUUUCCUCUGGGAUUUUUUCUUUUCUCCCGGUGACAAAGAAAACAAACCGAGCUGGACUUUACUUCGUCUGCAAGCAUGCAUUCGGCAGCCUUGCUACUGAUGCUGGCCGUCAGGAUCUACGCAGACAGCAUGGAGGGACCAACAGCCGGCUGCACCUUUGAUGAGGACUCGGACCCUAGCUUGUGCGAAUACCGACAGGGCCAGGAGGACGACUUUGACUGGCAGCUGAUCAGGACCUACAAUUGGCUCCAUCCCACCCCAGAUCUCCUACGAGGCUCCUUCAUGAUGGUCAACUCCUCGCAGCACUUUGGCGGCCAGCGGGCCCAGCUGCUGCUGCUGCCGCUCAGCGAGAACGACACCCACUGCAUCCAGUUUAGCUACUUCCUGUACAGCCGCGACGGCCACAGCCCCGGGGACCUGCAGGUCCACAUCAGGGUCAACGGGGGCUCCAAGGGCAGCGCCGUGUGGAACAUCUCCGGCUCGCAGGGCCGCCAGUGGCACCAGGUGGAACUCGCCGUCAGCACUUUCUGGCCCAGUGAAUACCAGGUCGUCUUCGAGGCGACGGUUUCCGAGGAGCGACAGGGCUACAUCGCCUUGGACGACAUCGUGCUGCUCAAUUACCCCUGUUACAAGGUGCCUCAUUUCUCUCGUUUAGGGGACGUGGAGGUGAACGCCGGCCAGAACGCCUCGUUCCAGUGCGUGGCCACGGGCAAAGUGUCCGAGACGGAGCCCUUCCUGCUGGAGCGGAGGAGCGGCGCGGUGCUGGACGCGCCCGCGCUGUCGCGGCUAAGCCACAAGCGUCUGAUGGCCACGUUCCAGGUGGAGGCGCAGCGCGGGGAGCAGGACCUCUACCGCUGCGUCACGCUGUCCAGCAGAGGAGCGGCCGUGUCCAACUUCGGGGAGCUCAUCGUCAGAGUUCCCCCGACGCCAAUAGCGCCCCCCCAGCUGCUGCGCGCGGGCCCCACCUACCUGAUCAUCCAGCUCAACACUAACUCCAUCGUGGGCGACGGGCCGGUGAUCCGGCGGGAGAUCCAGUACAGAGCCAGCCAGUCCACGUGGACGGAGACGCACGGCGUGGGCUCCCUCACCUACAAGGUGUGGCACCUGGAGCCGGACACGGAGUACCACAUCAGCGUGCUGCUCACCCGGCCUGGGGAGGGCGGCACCGGGGCCCCGGGACCCCCCCUCAUCAGCAGGACCAAAUGUGCAGAGCCCAUGCGCGCCCUGCGGGGUCUGACGGCCACCGAGAUCCAGCCGCGGCAGCUGGCCCUCCAGUGGGAGCCGCUCGGCUACAACCUCACCCGCUGCCACACCUACUCGCUGUCGCUGUGCUACCGCUACUCCAUGCCAACAGGGGGCAGCGGUGGGAACAACGCCACCGUCAGGGAGUGCCUCUCCGUGGAGCGCAACACGUCCCGUUUCACGCUGAGGGACCUGCCGCCCUUCCGAUCGGUCCACGUGCGGCUGGCGCUGUCCAACCCCGAGGGCAAGAAGGAGAGCCGGGAGGUCACGUUCCAAACCGAAGAAGACAUUCCCGGCGGCAUCGCCCCGGAGUCCCUGACCUUCACCCCACUCGACGACAUGAUCUUCCUCAAGUGGGAGGAGCCUGUUGAGCCCAACGGCCUGAUUACGCAAUACGAGAUCAGCUACCAGAGUAUUGAGUCGUCCGACCCUGGGAUCAACGUGCCGGGUCCUCGCCGCACAGUGUCUAAACUGAGGAACGAGACCUACCACAUGUUCUCCGGUCUGCACCCUGGAACCACUUACCUGGUGUCGGUCCGGGCCCGAACCACCAAGGGGUUCGGGCAGACGGCUCUCACAGAGAUCACCACCAACAUCUCAGCCCCGGUGUUUGACUACGAAGACGUCCCCUCUCCCCUGAGCGAGUCGGAGAGCACCAUCACCGUGCUGCUGCGCCCUGCGCUGGGCCGAGGGGCUCCCGUCAGUGCCUACCAGGUGGUCGUGGUGGAGGAGGACGGCGCCCGACAGGUGAGGAGGAGGGAGCUGGGCUCGGUGGACUGCUUCCCAACACCCAACUCCUACAACGAGGCUCAGGCCAAAGGGGCCCCACACUACUACACGGCCGAGCUGGCCCCCAGCAGCCUGCCGGAGGCCACUCCCUUCACCGUGGGGGACAACCACACCUACAACGGCUACUGGAACAGUCCGCUGGAUCCCACCAGGAACUACCUUGUCUACUUUCAGGCCACCAGCAACUUCAGAGGAGAGACCAGAAUCAACUGCAUUCGGAUCGCUCGCAAAGCUGCCUGUAAGGACUCCAAGCGGGCCCUGGAGGUGUCCCAGCACACGGAGGACAUGGGCCUGAUCCUCGGCGCCUGUGCGGGCGGCCUCGUGGUCCUCAUCCUCCUCCUCGGCGCCGUUGUCGUCAUCGUCAAGAAGGGGAGGGACUUCUAUUCUUACCCUUACUACCCCAGGAAAAAGGUGGCCAUCAACAAGGCGGCCAUGUCCUACAGGCAGGAGAAGAGUCGGAAGCUGAGCUCUCUGGACUGCAGCAUGACGGAGCAGAGCACCCUGCAGCAGGAUGAGAGGAUGGCCCACUCCUUCAUGGACGCCCAUGGCUGCAACGCUCGAAACGAGCAGCGCAGCUCCGUGAACGAGUCCAGCAGUCUGCUGGGAGGCUCGCCGCACCGCCACUGCCGCAGGAAGAGCUCGCCCUAUCACACGGGUCAGCUGCACCCCGCGGUGAGGGUGGCCGACCUGCUCCAGCACAUCAACCAGAUGAAGACGGCGGAGGGAUACGGGUUCAAGCAGGAGUACGAGAGUUUCUUCGAUGGCUGGGACGUCACCAAGAAGAAGGACAAGACCAAAGGGAGGCACGACAGUCUGCUGAGCCACGAUCGUCAUCGAGUCAAACUUCACUCGCUGCUCGCCGACCCCAGCUCAGACUAUGUCAACGCCAACUACAUAGAUAUUCGGAUAAACAGGGAAGGCUACCAGCGGUCCAACCACUUCAUCGCCACUCAAGGCCCCAAGCAGGAGAUGAUCUACGAUUUCUGGAGGAUGGUUUGGCAGGAGAACUGCUUCAGCAUCGUCAUGAUCAACAAGCUGGUGGAAGUGGGCCGGAUGAAGUGCUGCAAGUAUUGGCCCGACGACACGGAGCUCUACGGUGACAUUAAGAUAACGCUCCUGAAGACGGAGACGCUGGCGGAGUACACCGUGCGUACCUUCGCCAUGGAGAGGAGGGGCUACCCUGCCAAACACGAGGUCUGUCAGUUCCACUUCACCUCCUGGCCCGAGCACGGCGUGCCCUACCACGCCACCGGCCUGCUGGCCUUCCUGCGGCGGGUCAAGGCCUCCACGCCCCCGGACGCCGGACCCGUGGUCGUCCACUGCAGCAUGGGGGCAGGAAGGACUGGCUGCUACAUUGUGCUGGACGUCAUGCUGGAUAUGGCCGAGUGUGAAGGUGUGGUGGACAUCUACAACUGCGUCAAGACCCUCUGCUCUCGACGCAUCAAUAUGAUCCAGACUGAAGAGCAGUACGUGUUCAUCCACGACGCCAUCCUGGAGGCCUGCCUGUGCGGGGAGACCGCCAUCCCUGCUAACGAGUUCGCACUCACCUACAAGGAGAUGCUGAAGGUCGACUCCCAGAGCAACACGUCGCAGCUCCGAGAGGAGUUUCAGACUCUGAACUCGGUGACUCCUCACCUGGACGUGGAGGAGUGCAGCAUCUCCCUGAUGCCCAGGAACCACGAGAAGAACCGCAGCAUGGAUGUCCUGCCGCCGGACCGCUCGCUGGCCUUCCUGGUCACCACGGAGGGCGAGAGCAGCAACUACAUCAACGCUGCGCUCGCCGACAGCUUCCUCAGGCCCGCCGCCUUCGUGGUGACGCCGCACCCGCUGCCUGGCACCACCACGGACUUCUGGAGGCUCAUUUAUGACUAUGGCUGCACCUCGGUGGUGAUGCUCAACCAGCUGAACCAGUCCAACUCCGCCUGGCCCUGUCUGCAGUACUGGCCUGAGCCGGGGCUGCAGAAGUUCGGACCCAUGACCGUGGAGCUCCUGUCCCGGACGGCAGACGACGACGUCAUCAUCCGCCUCUUUCGUGUUCAGAACAUCACCCGGCUGCAGGAGGGCCAGCUAGUGGUGCGUCACUUCCAGUUCCUGCGCUGGUCGCCGUACCGCGACGUGCCCGACUCCAAGAAAGCCUUCCUCAGCCUCCUGGCCCAGGUCCACAACUGGCAGCUGGAGUGCGGCGAGGGGCGCACCAUCGUCCAUUGCCUGAACGGCGGCGGUCGGAGCGGUACCUUCUGUGCCUGCACCAUGAUCCUGGAGAUGAUCCGUCACCACAGCGUGGCCGACGUGUUCUUCGCGGCCAAAACGCUGCGCAACUCUAAGCCGAACAUGGUGGAGACAAUGGAGCAGUAUCGGUUCUGCUACGAACUGGCCCUGGAGUACGUGGAGUGCUUGGAAGUCAGAUAGCACCACUCCCUCUCUUCUCAUCGCUCCCCAAGGAGAAGGUCGGGAUCCUGGACGUCUGCUCCCGUCUCUCCAGUCCGUGUAUACAGCUCUGGUCGUCUCCUCCGCCGCGCCUCCGCGGACCGUUGUCGCCAUAAUGACUGAAUGAGCGCGCGCUGGACUUCCUGCCCCCAUCCCACUUGCUUCUCCCUGGCACUCUGACCCCCAACCCGUGCCACCGCGUGCCAGAUUCCAUCCGCCAAACCCGAGGACACUAACAGCGGUGGCGUUCGACCACCUGUACCCCUCAGCCAUGGGAUUCUAAGAGCUCUUCUGCAUCCUGCCUUACUUACGAACACUCACACCGAAAGGGAACUACGGUUGAUGCCAACUACUGGUUGAUAUUUUGUGUGUGUCUGUAAUUGGUGCAUUCUGCUGUUGGUGACCCCCCCUGUCAUGACGUACUGUACUAUAUUUGAACUUUCUCCCGGGUGAGGCUGCUGAUUAACAAGGAAAAGGCGUCCAUCAAGUGUGAUGGCGAUACAGUAUCUGUACAGUAGCGAUGUCUUGGAUCUAAUUUCUCUUUAUUUAUUCUUUGUGUAUAUAGAUGUGUUUCCCCUCUCCCCUCCCCGGGUGUUUCUAGGUGUUCUGAACGUCUUUAUCAGUGUGCCAACUCAUUCUCUGUGUGUGUAAACGGGGACCACUUCAGCAUCUGCAUGCCCAGUCCUAAGUGUUUCAUCGCAGUGUGCGGCCCACGUCUGCUUCAGGGCGGAUCCCACUCCGGCGGGUCCGUCCGCUAGUCCUCCGAGAGCUCUGUAAAGAAUAACCGCGCGUUUGUCUGAGAACACGGCCAAACUCGUGUCGCUUUCUACAUUUGUAUUUAUUCAAUGUGUUUUAUUUUCUAAAUCAUGUAUAAAAACAGGAAAAGAAAUAAAAUAUGUUGUUGCUUAACAA